ACAAUAGUAGCCCAAUACCACAAGCAACCACCUGUUUCUCUCUCCUCUCUCGUCGUCUCAAUCUCUAGAAGAAGCAUUUGCCUCGUUAUAGGAAUAGAAGAUAGAGGAGCAUUUCCUUAUCUAUAAUAUCCUUUCCAGGAAGGAUAAUCAACUCCAAUGGCGUCAAGGAUGGCUGCAAGGUUUGUUACUCGGAGGCUGUCAAGCAGUGGAAAAGUGCUUAGCGAGGAGGAAAGAGCUGCAGAGAAUGUUUACAUUAAGAAAACCGAGCAAGAGAAGCUGCAGAAGCUUGCACGUAAAGGCCCUAAACCAGAAGAGAACCCAACUGAAAGCUCAGGGGGCUCGAUAUCUGAUGCCAAACCAAGUGGCUCUACCUCUGGAGAAUCAACUGCCAAAGUAUCCACUGACAAAUACCGGAAUUAUGCUGUUGUAGCAGGUGUUGUAACUGUUGGUGCUGCUGCAGGUUGGUAUCUCAAAUCUAGUGGAAAGAAACAAGAAGUGCAGGACUGAGAUUAGUGUGCUUUGGUAUGAACAAUUGAAGCAUCAGUUGUCAUAACACUUUCUGGUUAGCAUAGAAAUAAACCAAACUUCAAACCGUCUCUGUUUCUGGCGGAUAUGUGUUGUGUUGAGUUUUUGUUAUUACCUUUUCUGUUUUGGGAAAUAUAUACAUAAUGGAAGGUAUUCUGCAGCUUUCAAUUUUCCAAUGCGGUUGUUCAUUG